UUCAAAACAAUACAACAGCUGAUUGUUUUUAUUAUCAAGUGAUAAUCAUUUUGUUAAAAAAGGUCAUUUAUAAACUAAAUCGAAGUAUACUAUUAAAAUGUCGGGCCCUUACAAUUGGCAGAAGUCUACAGAGGGACAAAAUACAACGCAAUCUCAAUUAGUAGCAAACAGCUACGAUAUCCUUGAGCGAAGCUCUGCGAGCAUACAGCGAUCCAAUCAAGUUGCAAUCGAAACUGAACAAAUAGGCACUGAAGUAUUAUCUGAGUUAAAUGAGCAACGAGAAUCUCUAUUGCGUUCUACACGACGGCUUCAAGACGCAGACGCAGACAUUGUGCAAUCAGGAAGCGUUAUUAGAAAACUGCGACGCGAAGUGCUUUAUAAUAAAUUAAUUUUAGUGGUCAUUAUAAUUUUAGAAAUGUGUAUAUUAGCUGGAUUGAUAGUGCUCAAAUUUGUACGUUUUUAGUUUGAUAUUAAUGAGGCAAAUGAAUUGAAUACUCGUGUAAAGGAAACUAUUAAAUCGUAACCGGGAUGGCUCCUACACCCUACACUAACAGCAUAUUGUGGUUUCAAAACACCUAUAGCAUGGCAUGGAAAAUCUAUGUAACCGAAGUAGAUGUAUAUUUAUUUCUGGCCAAGUACUAAACUCGGCGCAAUUCUACCACUACAAAAUUAUUUGGUGAAUGUUUUGUGGCUUCGACAUAAAUAAACAGAACAUAAAAUUAACUAAGCUUUACUCGAAAAUUUUCAAUUCAUUACACACAAUUAUUUUUAUUUAACAUUUAUGUAAAUAACAAUUUUCUUAGAGCAUAAGCUAAACCAAUAUUUCCGAGUGCGUUUACGCUAAUAGUAGUGCAACAUUUCUAAGAAAUCUAUUUUUAUAUGUAUUAAAUAACGAUUACUAAUCAAUACACAUCCAGACGUAAAUAUUUAUGGGUGUAUAUUAAAAUCGUAAUAGUAGUAUUUUAUAAAUGAUAUAUGCAUUUGUAUGUAUGCUGUUAUGUAUAUUUAUAGUAUGUACAUAAUAAAUGAUAAACGUAAUAUUCGA